AUCCAUUCUGCUGACAGGCUAUCUGGAAUACAUGCUCAAACAAUACCACAGCAAAGAGAACACAGAAAACAAGGGGCCCGUUGUGAACAUCAUCACCCCGUCCAGAGCAGAGGACCGAGGCUGCCAGUUAACACUGACCUUUUCCAUUUCCAGGAAAGGCGUUUUUGAGGAACUCGAAAAAAGAGGAGUCGUUUGUGACAAGCGAGAACCAGAUGGUAUCCGUGUGGCCCCCGUUCCUCUCUAUAAUUCUUUCCAUGAUGUUUAUAAGUUCGUCAGACUGCUCACUGCCAUACUUGACUCUUCAGAAACUAGCCAUGUUUUCUAGAAUCACUCAAGCAAAUCUCAUUUCACUACUAUUGAA